AUGCCUAUUAUCAAGGUCAGUGAUAAAGAAAAAUUAGGAUUGAUAAAAGUAAUAGAUUCACAUAGAACACUAUCGUGUGCGUUCAGAACCUGGGACCUGUGCGAAUAUCCAAUACUCCCUAGAAAUAAAUCUCAUUCAUGGACGGAAAAGUCUAAAAGCUUGCUAGAAAAACCGAGAUUUGUACUGUUUGGAUUACAAACAGAUCGAAAAAAAAAUAUCGAAACCGAAGCUGGACGGUUUGAUCACUGUCAACUAAAAAAUCUUAAGGUACACUUAAAUUCUGAAGUGUACCCAUAUGAAGACUUCCGAGCAGAUUUUAAAAAUAACAAGACCAGUAUACUGUAUAAAGCUUAUACAGACUUUCAAAAAUCGUAUCACGAAAGAGAUUAUUGUGAGCUAUUAUUAUCAAAACACAUUUUUCAAAACUACGUUCCAAUCGUCGUAGUUGAUAUGUCACGUCAGAACGAUAACGUUAAAUCAUCGACCGUAGACCUGCAAAUUGAAUUUGAAACGGAUACAGUUCUUCCAGAAAAAACUGCAGCUUAUUGUUUAAUACUACAUGACCAGACUAUAACUUACAAUCUAUUUAGUGGUGAUGUAAGGAAAUUGUAA